AGAAUUCAAUCGAGAUAUGGUCGAUUAGUUGGUGUUCAAAUGUUCCGAGGUAUCGAAUGUACGGCUCAAGAUGCUGACACAGAGUGGGGACGAUCGAUUAGAAAUACAGUUUCGCCCUGCAGGAUAUAGUGCAUUCUUGAUAAUCAUAUCGUACUAACGCAGCACUUUUACAUACAAGUGUUGCAGCCUCGUCCUUCGUGCUGUGCUGCUUGUCACCCGUUACAAUUCGAUUAUCGACAACCUCCCUCUCGUGUCCACUCCUAGUCAUGUCUCCCUCCCUUUCAAUACCCAACACCUCUUCUACACCAACUUCGCCAGGGCGUUGGGUAGUCACAGAAUUUGGCAAGCCAUCCGUGCUAAGAUGGGAAGCGUUCGAUCCCACGGCCUCGCUUUCUGCCGGCGGAGUCCUCAUCCGCAUUCUCGUUGCUGGUAUCGCAGGAGUCGACAAUAUACAACGCUGCGGGGGCUACCCUCAUCCGUUGGCAAAAGAUCCUGGGUUCACAACUGGGUAUGACCUUGUGGGCGAAAUCAUAGCGCUGGGUGAUGCUGUGCCAGAAGAGAGAGGACUGGAGGUUGGAGAAAGAGUGGCGGCAUUGAGUAUCAUUGGUGCGCACGCUACACAUAUCGUGCUGCCCUAUGAAGAAGUCAUGAAGCUGGAUAAGCAUGACGAUCCACUAAAGAUAUGUGCACUGCCGCUGAAUUACAUGACAGCAUGGGGUAUGCUGAAGCACAGUGGUGUGAAUUUAGCGCCCGGCUCGAGCAUCUUGAUUGGGAGUGCAAGUGGAGGACUGGAUCUUGUUAAACAAGUUCAUGCACUGACAGACGGGAAAGGAGUUGACGUUGCAUAUGAUGGCGUUUGCAAUGAAAAGACUGCACACGACUUCCUCGCAGCAACCAAGCAAGAUGUUGGCAAACACUGUUGCAACCUCCACGAGUGA